AUGGAUUCCAUUCAGUAUGAUCAAUUUGGUACGUCUGACAUUGAGAGUAACCACAGUCGGAGGAAAAUAAUUCCACAAAGAGGUAAAUUAAUCUAUAAUAGGUUAUCCAUGGGACCAACACAGAUUCAAUAUCUGUUUUGUGCCCUCAUAUUCCAUAUCAUUUUCUCCAUGUAUAUUAUUUCAGGUAUGCAGGGCAGGGUGGUUUAACUCCUGUAUGGUGUCUUAGUGCUUCUCCUGUUGAUACUACUGCUGAUAACUGGACUUAAAUGUAAGGCUUGCUUAAUUAUACUGAUCAUUUAUCAUUCAGGGGGGGGCAAGACAAAUAAAAUGGAAUUGUUAAGCUCUCUAUUUUAUUUCCACCAAUUUAUAAUUUAAUAUAUAUAUUUUUAAAUCAACCCUGUCUCCAUUUUCCUAAGUCUCUCAGUUAAACCAGGCGAUAGUUGAUGUCCAUCUUUACCUUGAGUCCCUGAACAAGACUGUGAUGAGUGCUUGUGCCACAUCUUCCUCUUCCAGUUCAGGUACAGUGAUGUUUAAAGGCUUUUAUAACUAAAGGACUAAUAAACCUCUGACUCUUGUUGAAGGAUUAUAUAUUUUAUUAGACAUAUACACUCCCCUCUGUAUUUAUUUGGAUAGUGAAGCUUUUAAAUAAACCAAAAAAUUGCCUCUAUACUCCAGCAUUUUGGAUUUGAGAUCAAAUGUUUCAUUUGUCCCCUUAUACUGUAUCUGAGGGUAUUUUCAUACAUAUUUGUUUCACCAUUUAGAAAUAAAAGCAUGUUAUGUAUCUAGUCCCCCCAUUUGAAGAAUUCAUAAGUAUUUGGACAAAUUCACUUCUAGUGUAUUAAAGUAGUCAAAAGUUUAGUAUUUGGUCCCAUAUUCCUGGCAAGCUUGUGACUACAAACUUGUUGGAUGCAUUUGCAGUUUGUUUUGGUUGUGUUUCUGUUUAGGAUUAUGUUUUGCCCAAUAAGAACUGAAUGGCGAAUAAUGUAUUGUGUCAUUUUGGAGUCACUUUUAUUAUAAAUAAGAAUACAAUAUGUUUUGGAACACUUCUUUAUUAAUGUGGAUGCUACCAUGAUUAUGCAUAAUCAUGAUUGAAUCGUGAAUAAUGAUGUGUAAGAAAGUUACAGAGGCACAAAGAUCAUACCUCCCCAUAAAUGUUAACCUUCCCUGUUAUUGUAAUGAUAAGAGGUUAGCAUGUCUACGGGGUAUGAUAUUUGUGCGCCUGUAACUUUCUCACUCAUCAUUAUUCACAAUUCAUUCAGGACAAUCCUUAAUCAUGGUAGCAUCCACAUUAAUGUAGAAGUGUUUAGAAACAUAUUCUAUUCUUAUUUACAAUAAAAGUGACUCCAAAAUGACAAAAUACAUUAUUCACCAUUCAUCUUUAGUGGGCACAAAAUAAUCUGAAACACAACCAAAACAAACAGCAAAUGGAUUCAACAAGUUUGUAGAGUCACAAGCUUUAUGUAAUCAUUGCGUGCUAGGAAUAUGGGACCAAAUACUAAACGUUUGACUACUUUAAUACACAUAUAAGUGAAUUUGUUCCAAUACUUUUGGUCCCCUAAAAUCGGGGGACUAUGUACAAAAAGUGCUGUAAAUACCCUAAAAUUAAAGUUGACAGUCUGCACUUUCAGACCGUAUCAUUUCAAAUCCAAAGUGCUGGAGUACAGAGCCAAAACAACAAAAAAUUUGUCACUGUCCCAAUACUUUUGGAGCUUACUGUAUGUGCUAUUCCAUAGGGAGUGUCAGAACAAUCACUACCAUAUGGAAAACAAAAUGACAUUUCAGAACUCCAUUAGGCAGAUCAAAGAUUGCCCUAUUGUUUCAGAAAUAACCUGUUUCUAUGUGUACAUGGGGAAUGUGUGUACUAAGCAAACAUAUGGAAUUGUUUUAAAAUGGUGAUACCAUGGAUCAUUUAGCUAUAGAAUUUUGGAUUUUAGGACCCCUGUAGGUAUAAUAUGUUUUGCUGUUGUUAAUUAUUUGAUAAAAUAUUGAAUUUGGCCUUUACUACUACAGCCCAUAGAAACGCAUUGAAUAAUCCAUUCAUAAAUGGCAAAACAGACAGGCAAAAAAUAAAUCAUAAGGAAGUGUCUGUCCUAUAUUUAGGAGAUAUAAGAAAGCUCAGGAAACAUUUUUGUUUUUUGGACACAUAUUUAACCCCUUUCUGGCACAAAACUACCUACAUACUUCCAUUUACCUUCAGAUGAGUCCUGUGACACUUGUAGAGCAAAACAAGUCCCGUAGAGAAAAAAUGGAGAACACCAUCGUGUUCGUGAGUCUCCCCUUUCCACAGUGGGGUCAUAUUAGUUUGUAGCCCAAAACGCUUCUCACGCUACAGACAGAAGUUGGCACAUCGGCGGUACCGACUUCAGACGAGUCGCUUAGGUCACUCGUUUUGCCCAUUCUAACGUUCAAUGGAACAGUAACUGAAUGCCUCAAUGCCUGUCUGCCUGCUUUAUAUAGCAAGCCACAGCCUCGUGACUCACUGUCUGUAGGAGCGAACCGUGAACGUGAACGUGAACGUGAAUAAACUGACCACUGAGUGUAUAUAUAAUUAGAUAACAUUGUAGAAGCAUUAUUCAUAAUCUCUCUCUCCGUUCUUCAUUCACUCUCCUCCUCCUGUCCCUUUCAGACCCAGCUACUAUCAAUCAUGUCUAUUAUUAUGAAUUUCAAAUUCCAGUGAGAGGUAAGUGACUUAUUGGUAGAUAAAGACCAUCCCUAUCCAUUGUGCAAAACAUUGUGUCCUCCUCAGGAACUUGUAGUGAAGACUGGUGGUCGUUCCAGGAUAGCUGCUACCUGGCAUUAAAAAAAGGAAGCUCAGCUGGAACAGCUCAGACUAAAAAAGUAUCAAGCUGGGAGCACAGCUGCUUGUUCUUAACAGUGAGGAUGAGCUGGUAAGGCCAAGGAGGUGAUGCAGUAUUGGUCUCACAUCAAGGGCUGUGGGCUAUGUUAAAUGUGCUCUAUUUGUGCUGUUUAGGACUACAUCUACCAAGUGAUUGAUGCAGGAGAGAGCUACUGGAUUGGGCUUGUGGAGAGAACACAAGAGGGCCACUGGACCUGA